CUGCUUCAAGAUCACCCUGGAAAGAAGUUCGUUCACAUCGCUCCUCUCAAAGCGUUGGUCAGAAAACGUGUCCUAGAUUGGAAAACUAAGUUCGAGGAAAACAUGGACUACAAAGUCAGCGAAGUGUCAGGAGACUUCACACCCGAUUACUCUCUCGGUGUCUUCUAUUAUAAUUACGACGAGAAUAUGCAAGACAGGCUGGACUUGUAUUCUGGAAGCAACUAUUACCAGAUUGCAAAUUGCUACAAAGGCGUUCUAAUCAAAGAGAUUCUCCUGCUCGCCUAA